AUGCCACCUGCCACAAGUGAAUUUGACGACGUCAAGCCGUCUAGGUACUUUGUGGGGGACGCAGAGCCCUUGACGUGUGUAGCAUUCUUUCCAGACAGCAAGACAAUCAUCAGCGGAUCUUAUGAAUCGAGAAUCCGCCUUUGGAACGUGGCGAGUGGAGAACAAAUUGGAGAACCGCUUCGAGGACACAAGGUUGCUGUGUUUACCGUUGCUGUUUCCCGCGACGGAACGAAAUUCGCGAGCGGAGGCGGGGACGGUAAAGUCCUCAUCUGGAACGCAGCAACGCGGGUUCAGGCGACAAAGCCGAUCCAGGCAUACUCGAAUUGGGUUAAAUGUGUCGCCUUUUCACCUGACGGCACAAGGCUCGCGUCCAUAGCUGGCAAGAUUGUCAGAAUAUGGGAUGUAGAGACCGGCGCGCUGGUGAUGGAGAUCGAAUCCUGGACGCAGGAAGGGCAUGUUGCGUUCUCCCCCGAUGGCAGUAAAAUCGCCGCUGUGUCCUCGUUCGACAAAUCCGUCCGGGUCUGGAGCACCUCCACGGGCGAGGCAGCGAUCAGCCCCCUCGCUGGACACGAGAACGUUGUGCAAACAGUCGCAUGGUUUCCCGACGGCCACCGCUUGAUCACCGCAUCUCGCGAUGCAACAAUUCGUAUCUGGGAUUUGAACGCGGGUAGUCAGAUUGGAGACCCCCUCGGUGGCUAUUUAACGUGGAUGCCGACAUCAGCCAGCGUGUCGCCAGAUGGAAAUAUCAUAGCAGCUGUGUGCGGAGAAGAUCGCAUCCGGCUUUGGAAUGCGACUACUCGCGAGAGGAUCGGACGGGUGCUUUGGCAUGCCAGUCCCAUUCAGUGUAUGGCUUUUUCACCCAACUCUUGUUUCAUCGCAAGCGGCUGCGGUGACAAGAAAAUAUGUCUAUGGGAUAUCAGGGAUGUGAUACCUAACGGGUCUGAUUCAUCAAGACCACUGCCAGCUCUCGAGCCUCUGGAAGAUAACCGAGAUGCGCAAGCCGUACCUUCAGGUUUCAAGUCCACAACAAUGAACUCCUUGUCUUCGAAGCGGCAAAUUGGUCCAGAACGUGAUCCAUCCCAGGCACCUCCUUCGGCAAUGUCUCACGAGCAUCUUCAAAAACCAGCAUCGAAAGCUAAAGCCGAAGCCGAGACUUCCUCCCCCGUUAGCGAGCAUGGCUGUUUUUCUGGGCUACCGCAGCGAUGGAAGAAGUCUCUCAGUUUUUGGAACAAUACCAAACAGCCUGAGGGUGAUGAACCACACCAGGUCUCUCCAGCCAGCGCAUUGGUGGGUCCUCAGCAGAAAGUCCCACACAGCGACAUCCAAGGUGCCGCACAGGAUGUCCUCGAUGAACUCGGUCGCUACACAACGAAUGAAAUUCCAAUCCGUCUCAUACAUCUCCCGACAAUGGAACUUGUGGGCCGAGAUUUCGUAAGGUCCCACUUCCUUGGUCGCAUAAAUGAGAUCAGUGAAAGUGUCAUUGCCAAGGAACAGAGGUCGUGUGUGCCCCCGUACACGAGAGAGAAAGCUGUAUCUAUGCUUGUCGAAGACCGGGUCAAAUACGGCAUCUUAUCUCAUCGAUGGCUAAACACAGGAGAGCCUUCGUAUCAAGAUAUGAUGGAGAGGAGUCUACGCACAUCGCAAAAUCAAUCAGAGGGAGGUCGUCGCACCAUGAAGACCGCUGCUUCUGGUGAAGAGAGAAGUCUCGGUUACAGGAAACUACUUGGUUGCUGCGAAGAGGCUAAACGGCUGGGAUUGGAUUUCCUGUGGUCCGACACAUGCUGCAUCGACAAGACAAGCAGUGCGGAACUUGACGAGUCAAUUCGAUCUAUGUUUCGAUGGUACCGGAAUUCGACCAUUUGCAUUGUAUACUUAGGUCAGACCACCGUUAUGGAAGACAUGCGGGCGGACGAGUGGUUUUUGAGGGGAUGGACCCUGCAGGAACUUCUCGCACCUAGAACAAUGAAAUUCUUUAACAAAGAGUGGCAGCCGCUCACAGAAGAAGAGGACGACAAAGAAGAGGAUACUCCAAUCCUAACGAUUUUACACGAGAUUACUGGUAUUCCCGAGAUCGACAUCGAGGACUUUUCACCCGCACCUCAAAACGUUGAUAAACGAAUGACGUGGGCUGCGCCACGGAAGACUACUCGUGCAGAGGACGCUGCUUACUCCCUGAUGGGAAUAUUCGACGUCAGCUUGCAAAUUGCAUAUGGAGAGGGCGGAGAACGCGCAUUUUCUAGGCUCAUUGAAGCUAUCAUGCAAGCUGGCGGUGAUACAUCAGUGCUCAACUGGGCAGGACAUCCGGCGAAGCAUCAUGCAUCGCGUGGUCUCCCUGCGUCACCUGCCAGCUACGUGGGACACCCUGACAUAGUCCAGAUAGGUCGACUCGAUAUCUCGCUUACCAGCAGGGGGUUGCGAGUUCCGCUGAUCAUCCUACCUCUUGAAAUAACCAAUAAACCCAAAUUUGACGGCCGACCGGUCAAAGGCCUCAAGUUUCGCUGCCCAGAUCAUGAGAUCGGCGAUGUGAACAUCGACUCGGGAGAUUACCCAUUUCGUACCGAGUCCAGGUAUUAUGCAUUGGGCAUAUUCCACUAUAUCCCUGCGGAAGACGGAUCAAACCCAGGCUUACCCAAGCAAAUCGCAGCUUACCUGUUGGAGAGAAAUGAGGUGCCUGCGCAGGAUAGUACUUUGAUUGGACUUUCCCGUCACUAUCGUUCUACUGAUGAUGGGUGGAGAAGGAUUCCGACCGCGUUCAUCUAUCUGGAGCUUCCCGGUGUACCAGAUUUUGCCUCGCUUUGCACGACCCCUUCACCCGCCAUAGACAUCUCCUACUCCCGUCCGCUCCAUCUCAAGGGUGACCACGUCGAGUCUUUCGUGUCCAUGAGCCCUUCCAACCGGGACGUCUUUGAGGCCAGCCUAUCUGGCGCGCAAGACCGCUCGUACAUCCCUCGGCUUCGAUCCGACCCACUGGAAUAUCACACUAUCCCCCAUAAUUUGCAAGAAUUUCGAGCGCAGGAGGGCCCGGAGCGACGCGAGCGGCGGUUGCGCAAACUAUGGUCGCGACUACCGAAGCGGACCAGUCCUGAAACCGAGCUCGACGACUGCGUCGCAGAGGCGUAUCCUGUCAAGUCAGAUGGCGUAUUGACACCAGAAGGUGCGAGGAAGCUGCAAGAGAUGUAUGAGGCGGAGUUAUGCGGUCGAUGCGGUGCACACACGCGAGGAUUUCUCCACCGCAGUUGCUCGUGGAGUGAAUUUUUGAAGUAUGCCGAUGCUAAGGAAGCUGAGCUGUGGCAUAUCUUCAAUGACGAGCUGGAUGUUGACGGCAAUGGUCGCCUCGAUACUCAAGAGCUCAUAGAAGCUUUGCAGAAAGCUGGUGUCCACUUAUCCACAUCCACCAUAGCCGAUUUUAUGACAUUCCUCACACUCUCCCCCCACGCACACGCCGUUAGCUUUGCGGAGUUCAGAGAUUUUUUUCUGCUGCUGCCCCGGAGAGCAUCGCCCUCGGAGAUCUUCAGAUACUACGAAGUACGGAGAGCGACGGAUGAUCAAGCGCGGGGUGCAGCUCGUGUUACUAUGGAAGGUGAUGUUAGUCUCAGUGCGGAAGAUAUGUCCUCCUCAAGGCCACCAUUACAAGCGGAAGAGCAUGCAAGUAUUCCCGUAGACCAUGAUACCCCAGACGACGACGAAUAUGAGUCGGAGGAGGAUGCUAUAGAAGACGGGAGUGAACACCACUGGCUUGAGGGAUCCACAGCUGCGAAGUUUCUCCUCGCGGGGGGCUUUGCUGGUGGUGUUUCGAGAACAUGCACUGCUCCAUUUGACCGUCUCAAGAUAUUCCUGAUUACACGACCUCCAGAUCUUGGAGGAGUAGCGCUGGACUCCAAAGCUCCCGUUCGAGGCGUCAAAGCGAUCGGUAGUGCUGUCGCCCGCAUAUAUGCGGAGGGUGGCGUACGGGCGUUUUGGACUGGUAACGGGUUGUCUGUCGCAAAGAUUCUCCCGGAGUCAGCGAUCAAGUUUCUAGCUUAUGAAUCAUCCAAACGGAUGUUUGCUAAAUACUGGGACCAUGUCGACGACCCCCGAGAAAUCAGCGGUGUCAGUCGUUUCCUCUCCGGAGGAAUGGGUGGAAUUAGCAGUCAACUAAGUAUAUAUCCAAUAGAGACAUUGAAGACUCAAAUGAUGAGCAGUACAGGUGAGCACAAACGGACGUUGCUAUCCGCGGCUCGUAGAGUGUGGGCGCUGGGUGGAAUUAGAGCUUUUUAUCGCGGGUUGACCAUCGGAUUAGUCGGUGUAUUCCCGUAUUCAGCUAUUGAUAUGAGCACCUUUGAGGCUCUCAAGCUCGCGUACCUGCGAUCAACACGAAAAGAUGAGCCCGGAGUGCUCGCCUUACUCGCCUUCGGCAGCGUCUCUGGAAGCAUUGGUGCGACUAGUGUCUAUCCGCUAAAUCUCGUCCGGACACGCUUGCAGGCCUCUGGGUCUUCUGGGCAUCCGCAACGAUAUUCUGGCAUUAUGGACGUAGUACGUAAGACUUAUGCUCGGGAUGGAUGGCGAGGGUUUUACCGUGGAUUGCUUCCGACGUUGGCGAAGGUUGUGCCAGCCGUCUCCAUAUCCUACGUUGUGUAUGAAUCUAGCAAGAAGAAACUGGGUGUAUAG